UAUAUGUAUUUGUACUUGAACGCCGGCAUCCGAACUAUUUGGAUGAAAUUCUAGAAAAAUAUUGUGGAUUUUACAAAAAAUAUCUGUUAAAUCUAUUAAUAAUCGAUUUACAACAGUCGCAACAAAUUCACACAAAAUGGUAGUUCGACCUUACGUAGAAGAGCUGAAAUAUCUGGAGAAGAUCAGCGACUGCUGUUGGCGUAUCAAGAAGGGCUUCCAACCCAACAUGAAUGUGGAAGGAUGUUUCUAUGUCAAUGCAAAGUUGGAAAGGCUGAUGUUGGAAGAAUUGAAGAAUGCCUGUCGGCCAGGGGCCGUGGGUGGUUUCCUGCCAGGUGUUAAACAAAUUGCAAAUGUUGCUGCCCUGCCCGGCAUUGUGGGGCGUUCAAUUGGUUUGCCUGACAUCCACUCUGGCUAUGGUUUUGCCAUCGGUAAUAUGGCUGCCUUUGAUAUGGAUGAUCCCAAUUCAAUUGUUAGCCCUGGCGGUGUGGGUUUUGACAUCAAUUGUGGUGUACGUUUGCUGAGAACCAACCUUUUUGAAAAAGAUGUCCAACCCGUCAAGGAACAAUUGGCCCAAAGUCUGUUUGAUCAUAUUCCCGUGGGUGUGGGCUCUAAAGGUAUUAUUCCCAUGAAUGCCCAUGAUUUGGAAGAAGCUUUGGAGAUGGGUAUGGACUGGAGUUUACGUGAAGGCUAUGUCUGGGCUGAGGAUAAGGAACAUUGUGAAGAAUAUGGUCGCAUGUUGAAUGCAGAUCCCUCCAAAGUAAGCAUGAGAGCCAAGAAACGAGGUUUGCCACAGCUGGGAACUUUGGGGGCUGGUAAUCAUUAUGCUGAAAUACAAAUUGUCGAUGAAAUCUAUGACAAGUGGAGUGCCUCCAAAAUGGGCAUCGAGGAAAAGGGUCAGGUAUGUGUUAUGAUUCACUCCGGCUCCAGAGGCUUUGGCCAUCAAGUGGCCACUGAUGCAUUGGUACAAAUGGAAAAGGCCAUGAAACGAGAUAACAUUGAAACCAACGAUCGCCAGCUGGCCUGUGCUCGUAUCAACUCUCCCGAGGGUCAAGAUUAUCUCAAAGCCAUGGCAGCUGCUGCCAAUUUUGCCUGGGUCAACCGAAGUUCUAUGACAUUUUUGACGCGCCAAGCAUUUGCCAAACAAUUCCAAACCACACCCGACGACUUGGACAUGCACGUUAUCUAUGAUGUGUCGCACAAUAUUGCCAAAAUUGAAAAUCACAUUGUUGAUGGCAAAGAGAAGAAGUUGUUGGUGCAUCGCAAAGGUUCUACUCGCGCCUUCCCUCCCCAUCAUCCUCUUAUUCCUGUAGAUUUUCAACUGACCGGUCAGCCAGUUUUGGUAGGUGGUACCAUGGGUACGUGCUCAUAUGUUUUGACUGGUACCGAAAAGGGUAUGCAAGAGACAUUCGGUUCUACAUGCCAUGGGGCCGGUCGUGCUUUGUCUCGAGCCAAAUCAAGGCGAAAUCUUGACUAUAAAGAUGUUUUGGAAAAACUAGAGGAUUUGGGUAUUGCCAUACGUGUAGCUUCACCCAAGUUGGUUAUGGAAGAAGCUCCAGAGUCGUACAAAGAUGUAACGGAUGUUGUCGAUACAUGUCAUGCUGCUGGUAUUAGUAAAAAAUGCAUUAAACUAAGGCCCAUUGCUGUUAUCAAGGGUUGAGAGGAGGGGAACCAGAGGACCAAAAAAAUAAGGAAUUUAUUUCUCAAAUAUUUGUAUACUCAAGAGGAAAAUUACAAAGUUGUAUUGUAAUUGUAAAAAAUUAAGGAAUUUCAC